CCACGUCAGAUAUCUCUUCUGAUCUAUACUGAUCGCAUACAGACCCUGGAAGUAAUUGACUGCCCCAAGGUGAGAACCCCUCUUCUCUCCAGCCCUGCUGAUCCCGGCUCAAUCAAGUGUCUUGAACCACUCGUCGGGAUCAUUCUCCCAAGAAAAAACUUCCCGAUUAGUUAUUGAUACCUUGCCUUCCCUUUAUUCCCUCCUUUAUUUUCUCGACUGUGGACCUUUCCGUCUGCUUGUCUGGAUUUCGUGUUUCUUCGGUCCUGCUGCAGUCGUUCCUUUGAUAUCCGCACCUCUUUUAAGUUCUCGCUUCGCUGACCGGGGUACAAUUCCAUCUUACAGGUUACGUACGGUCUUUCCGGAAGCCUCGCAGCCUUUGUCGUUCCACUAUUCUGCACACGCUUCGAACUGCACGCAAUCUACGACCCACCGCAUCCUACCACCAUAGUGGACAUGGCUAGACAUACAUCGCUUGAAUCUGAGAGACCCAUCAUGGCCCAGUCGGCACGUACCUCCAAGCGGUUCUCGACCGUCAGCGAAGCCCCUACGGUCGCCUCGUCGGAAACCACCUUUGCAGGUCUACCGGCCGGAGACCCCAGACUGGCCGAUUUCCACAAUCUCCGCGAUGGACUGGAGCGCCUGGAAAACAAGCCCCUUCUGAAGCAACGUUUCGUUCCCACUCCGGAGAAGACCGAUAACUUGAGCAAGUUGGCAUUGGGUGCCAAGGUGGAGCGCGCCCUUGGACGUAGAAUGACCAGCCAGGACGCUGUCAUGCGAGAACCCGUGCUGAACGAAAAAGCGGUGGUGGAAGCCCCGUGAGUUGUUGCGGCCGUGUCGUGUGGUGUUGACCGAAAGUUUGCAUUUUGAUACCUUACUACUGGACCUUUUGCUCCCUGUCCCCAUGGCCACCUGGGCCACGACUGUUCUAAUGUUGCAUGUUUUCCCGGCUUGCCAGAUUUCCCCUGCGGCGGGUUCUAUGACCGAGUUCGAUACCCGUCUUGAUGAGAAGCUUAUCUUUACCUGUCUAUCAUACCCCCCUUCUGAGCCAGCUGAUUACUUUUGAUUUGAUGCGAUUUCGCUGCGUGUACCAACCCUAAUCUACUGUCUGAUAGCCAUCUACUUAUUUGAUUACUGGGAUUAAUUCUGUGAUGUUUAUGAGGGGUGUGGUAUUGUGUCGGUUCCGUUUACUAUAUGACAAAAGGAGCACGCCGAUGAUUGGAUAUACAAAUCCGAGAUCUGCCAGUGAUCUAUGUUGUACACAGCUCUCUAGACUAUGUAUUGUCUACAUUUUGAAAUAGGAAACAAGCAGG